AUGGAAAAACCCCUCCCUUCUUAUGCAUACUCCCCCAUCGAUGCGGAAACCGAGAUCCGCAUUCUCGUAUUGCAUCCAGCGGCGAAUCUUGCCGACCCUCUCCAAGCCCACGUCGUUCAUCGAAGGUUGUGGGACCAGACAUAUACCGAUGCCCCUCGUCCAGAAUACCGUGCAGUAUCCUACUGCUGGGGCGAUGCCGAUCACUCGCGCGAACUCUUUUCUACUGUCCCGCCCCUGGUUCAGGCGGCGAUGGGUCGUGCAAGAAGUCGCCCUGGCGAAAGACGUUUCCAUGCUAUGUGGUCCGCAUCGCGUGUCAUGGGCGUGGCUCUGCUACUGCAACUCCGCCCUAUCAAGCCACUUACCGAAUGGCACGCGGCCAAGAUUGGCGAGAAUCUACCAGAUGCGAGCGUCAUGACUAGAGUAACAAACCAAGGUCGUGACUUACUCGAACUACUCUGGCUAUGCCAUCGACUUCAGUGUGGCGAUAAACGUGAUCGCCUCUUCUCUCUCUACGGGAUUGCGCGCCCCGUCAAAAUCACUCGACGUUGGGCCAUUGGGCCGCGUCUCUGCCCCGUGGAUUAUUCUAAGAACUGGGUCACCACGUAUACCAUCGCGGCGGCGAACUGUGCCCGUGAAGGCGGCUUUAGUGACAUCCUUCAACAUAUCUUCUCCUUUGGGUCCCUCUACUGCCAAAAUCCUAGCUGGCCCUCAUGGGUGCCGAGCUGGAAUCAACAAAGGUUCACCAAUGCCCGACUUUCUAGACAGCAUUAUGAUAUUUGCUCUCCAUGCAGCCCCCACGAAGACCCAUUAGGGAAUCUCACCGGUCUCUGCGUAGAAGGGUAUCUACACGAACUACUUACCCCUCCUAUCAACCACAACUAUUGCUUCCUGCACCGCGUGCACGCACUGUAUAGGUUUACCGGUGGGACUCUUUCGAUUCUUUCGACCUGGGGCAAGACCGACCUGCAGGACCUCGACGAGGACACGACCAGCGGGAGGCGGAUGGCGACGGCGAUCUUGAACGCCAUCGAAGACAAGAGGCGCCUAUAUAAUCCCCGCGAUCGCGAUGACGAGUCACUACUGAACCCCACAUUUCCCUUACGUGAAGACGAAAAGGAGGCUAAGAAAUUUCUCGAAACUCUGAGGGCUGCAGUCAUCUGCGAAUUGGAAAUCUUGAGUGGCCUACCAGAAGCAGGAGAGGACCAAGAGCUUUGCCAACGUUGCUUGGCCCGACUCCAUGAAGUCCACGAAGGGGGUGAGGUCAUAGGGGACUAUGUGGCUAGAUGCAACGGCGGCAAGCACCUUCCAAAGCAAGCAAACGUCCGGUGCAAAAAAUUCAAGGACCCAUACGUCUCUGAAUCAAUGCUAAAAGGGUUCAGCAAAGACGCAGUUCGCCGCGAACAGCAGCGCUACGAAGGGUAUACUUCCAUGCAUUGCUCCACCAGGCGCGGAGGCUGGUGA